AUAUACUACAAAGGCUAUGUGGAAGAUAGGUUAAAAGAAAAGGCGUAAUUAUCAUAAUGUCUUCCCAAAAUGUUACACAAUGUAUUGAGAAAGAAACACUGAAACAUCCUAUUCGCGGGUUGUGGAGAAAUGAAGACCAGCCUGAGUGUGAUAGUAACGAAGAAGUGGUUUUCGAGAACUGUUUAAAGGAAAAGCUAUUAAACGUCGAAAGACUUUCCACAGCGUCAAAUGUGAUUCCAGAUGAACAAAAAAGAGAAGACGUCGACAAAAUCGAUUACUUCGACAGCGAGGACGAAUACUGGGAAAACUAUACCUUUACAACGGAAGACGAUUUCCAUUUCGAUGAAUUUGAAAAUGGACAAGGUUCUCCAUCUUCACGCACCAGAAGUAUGGGAAGAUAUAGUCAGGGAGUAGAACAAUACCAUAACAUGCCGGUCUUUCGAAGGUCUAUACAGAAGUUUGCAACUGACAACAAUUUUGAUGUAUAUGAUGUCAUUUCCGAUGGGAACUGUAUGUUUCGGGCUAUCGCUGAUCAAUUGCUUAUCAAUGGCUGUCUUGGGCAUUCGAUAGAGUCUCUGAGACACACAGCAAUAAAGUAUCUAGGACAGAAUCCCUUCCAUCAAGACAAAGGUCACCUAUCUUCCUUUUUAUCAGAGGAAACAUGGGAGGAAUAUCUGACAAGAAUGUCGAAGUCUGGUGAAUGGAGCGACCACAUCAUUUUACAGGCUGUAGCUGAUGUGUUCUCCCUCGAAGUCAUCGUCUUCAACGUCUAUCGUGAUGACAUAUGUCGGACUGAAGUGAAAGGCAAAAUGUGCAAGAAUAAUCAAAAUCGUUUGACAAUAUUUCUUGGACACCUUGGGGAGUUCCAUUAUUUAAGUUUGCGUCCAAAACUAUGGUUAAGACACUGGCCUUACAAGGUUCUAAUACUAAGGAUCCUAGCCUGUACAAAGGAGAUUGACUCUGACACAAAAAGACAUUUUAUAGCACAACAGGUGAAAAGAAUGAAUGACGAAAGAUUCAUACCAGAGACAACAUUACAGGAAGUUGCCAACUUUGCUCUGCACAAGAUCGAUGAGGACGAGGGCGAAGACGACGGUAUGGAAGUGAAAUAUACUAAUAACAGGGAAUGGACACGUGUCUUUAGACCAUACAUCCAAAUGGGUCUUCAGUCUGGAGAAACUGAAGGAUCGAUUCAAUACCUUACAGAAGAUGGAAUGCAGAUAGAUUCGCUGACAGGAAUACCAAUAAUACAUUUAUCCUUCAUAAUGAAAAUUCUCCUGUCUCAAACACUCAAAAAAAUUCGUUUUUUGAUACCACAGGGUUAUCUUCUUUAUAUAGAGGAACAUCGAGAAAUUAUGUUCUACCACUUUAUAGGACCCGCAUGUGACCCAUGCUAUUUUACAAUGAAAGACAUAACUCGUUCACAGAAAAUGAGUAAACUUUAUAAUGAACGGCAUUUGAAGAAGCCAAGAAUUGUUAUUAUUAGAAAGGACAAAAGUGUGCUUUUUGCAGUUUCUCCUGAAAAAGAAAAUUCGAUAUCACGUUUAUAUGUUGAUACUUCCGGUUCUCACCCUGGUUAUUGUAGAAUUAAACUUCAGAUAUAUUGCAGAGAUGACAAUAUUUUGCAGAUUGGUUCAAAUGUUUAUCUAAAAGCAUACGAGGUUCCCGAGAGGAUUAAGACUGUUCCGCAUUUUCAUCAAUGUGAAGUGCAGUAUAUUGGUUUUCAAUGCCCAUUCCCUCCAAUGACAUCUCAAUGGAGGGAGAAGAAAAGAAACUAUGACUUCCCCUCGGCUGUCCUCAUUGACCGCGCAAGAGGAAGAAAGGUUACGUUAAUUCCAAAAGCCCACCCAAGAAGCGAAAAUCCAACCAUUGAAUGGAAAUUCGACUUUUCUUUGGCAGAGUUCACGAUGUUUACAAAUCUAACAAAGGCACAGCAAUAUGGAUAUUUUGUGAUAAAAGUAUUGAUUGAAAACAUGACGUCCCAUCUUAACAAAACCCUGAAACGAAAACACUUAAAAGCAGUGUUUUUGAAUGCAGCUGAGGAAAAGCCCUCUAGUGCUUGGGACACAUGCUUCAGCAGUUGUAUACUGCAUGUCAUCAGCAAAUUGUUGACGUGCUUAAAAACAGGUUUUUUGUCGCACUACUUUAUACCAAGCAAUAACCUUUUUGAUAGUUUUUCGGAAGCUGACAUCAAUG